AUGGCCUUCGAGGACGUCCAAAUCGCCAAGCCCACUCCUGAGACCUACCAGGCCCUGGACGCUGACCUUUGCAACCACUCUGGCAAGGUUCCCCUUCACGAGCGCUUCCGUGCCCUCUUCACCCUCAAGGCCCUUGCCGACAACGAGAGUGUUGAUAUUAUUGGACGAGCCUUCGCCGAUGAGUCUUCUCUGUUGAAGCACGAGUUGGCCUACGUUCUGGGUCAGAUGAAGAACCCCCACGCCCACGCUGUCCUCAAGAAGGUCCUUGGCACCAUGGAUGAGGACCCCAUGGUCCGCCACGAGGCUGCUGAGGCUCUUGGUGCCAUUGGAUCGUUGGACUCUCUCCCCAUCUUGGAGGAAUACCUCAAGGACGAGUGCGAGGUUGUCUCCCAGACCUGCGAGCUGGCCAUUGAGAAGAUCAAGUACGAUAGCCGCAAGGAGAAGGAGACUCUUCCUGAGAGCGCCUACUCGUCAAUUGACCCCGCUCCACCAACUGCUGUCGAGGUUGAGGACACCGCUCAGUUGAGGGAGAUCUACUUGAACCAGAAGCUCCCUCUCUUUGAGCGUUACCGUGCUAUGUUUGCCCUUCGCAACCAGUGCACUACCGAGUCCGUCUUGGCCCUUGCUGAUGGAUUCGACGACCCCUCUGCCUUGUUCCGCCACGAGAUCGCCUACGUCUUUGGUCAGAUGCAGCACCCUGCUGCUGUCCCUUCGUUGAUUACGGUCCUCUCCAAGUUGGGUGAGGCCAACAUGGUUCGUCACGAAGCUGCUGAGGCUUUGGGAUCCAUUGCCACCCCCGAGUGCUACACUAUCCUCGAGAAGUUCCGUGAUGAUGACGACCGUGUUGUCCGUGAGUCUUGCGUCGUUGCCUUGGACAUGUACGCCUACGAGAACAGCGGCGAGCUCCAGUACGCCGAUGGUUUGAGCAAGUAA